GCGAUGGGUGCAAUCUUGGCCGCGAGUCCAUCGCCGGGGCUUGUGGGAGUUGCUCGCAUCAACUGGUCCUCCUUCUUCGCGGCGCAGCCGAAAGUACCAUGCUUCCUUGAGAAUUUCCAGCACCACAAGAAGUCGACAGGUGUGAAGAUGGGAAGCGGAGGGGUUCCGAAGGAUCUCGUGAAUUCCACCAUCAUCAACGUGCUUUGCGACGUGCUGGGGGAUCCUGACCUCUCCGACUUUUCGGUACCUCUGAUGGACAUGGGCUUGGACUCGCUGUCGGCCGUGGAGUUCCGGAACCGGGUCCAAGCCUCCUUCGAUGGCCUCCACCUGGCCUCCACCGUCAUGUUUGACUAUCCCACCGUGGCAGACUUGACCGACUACAUCGUGGCACAGUUCAGCGAUGGGGAUGAAGCUGACGAUGCGGCCAUUGGAGGUGUGCGGGAUCUCAACGCGAACGAGCCCAUGGCUACGAUCGGCAUGGCCGCGAGGUAUUGGGCUAUGCUAUGUGCAGGGCUUGACAUGAUCUCUACAGUCCCCAUUGAACGAUGGGACAUCGACCUCUACCACGAUCCCGACCCAUCGGUGCCGGGCAAGUACACUCGCUGGGGCGGCUUCAUCUUCGGCCUUGAGGGCUUCGACAACAAGAUGUUCGGCAUCGCAGAGCCGGAAGCACAGGCCAUGGACCCACACCAGCGGUUGGAGGUGGUCUACGAGUCUUUCUGGAACGCCGGCCUGGACAAGGAGCAGCUCUCCAACACCAACUGUGGCUGCUACGUCGGCUGCGCCACUUUGGGCGGCAUCAGCGUCCAGGACUUCCCGGAUGCAGCGCAGAAAAGCAGCUUAAUUCAGAAUCACUUCUCGGAGACUUUCGUCAUUGGUCCGAGUGGAGAUUUCGGUGAACAUGACGAAGACAUCGGCCCCUUCACCAAUAUCGGCUCCUUCCCGUCAGGGCGACUCAGAACUCGGGCCGUGUCUCCCAUGCACUUGGCCUUCGCGGGCCUUGCUUCACUAUCGUCGACGCUGGUCGCACUGGACUGUGCUGCCCAAGGAAAGCGCCUUGGAAAGUGCGACCGCAGUAUCGUGGCCGGCAGCAACCUGUCGCUCGGCUGCAGCUUUCUCAAGAGCGUCCCAUGGCGCCGUCAACGACUGCCUGUGGGCUUCUGCAAAAUGGGGAUGGCGCUCUCGCCCGAUGGACGAUGCAAGACGUUCGACGAAUCAGCCAACGGCUUCACCCGCACGGAUGGUGCAGGGUCUCUGAUCUUGGAGCUGGCAUCAUCUGCCAGCAAGGCCGGAAAGCAGGAAGUGGCUACGGCACUGGGGGUGUGCGUGAACCAGGAAGCAUCGGUGAAGGCUUUGGAGGUGUCACUGGUGGAAGUACAUGGUACCGGCACUUCCCUGGGCGAUCCCAUCGAGGUCGGUGGUAUGAAGGGCACCUUAGGCAAAGGUCGCACGGAAGACGCGCCUUUGGUGCUGGCCGCGACGAAGUCGAUCAUCGGACACACCGAAGGUUCUGCGGGUGUUGCCGGCCUCAUCAAGAUGAUUGGUGAGUUCAGCUACAGGAUCGUGCCGAAGAACCUGCACCUGAAAAAGAUGAACCCCAACAUCGAUUUAACCGACUUCCCUGUCAUCAUGCCGAGCAGUAUCGUUGAUUGGAAGGGAUCCCGAGCAGUUGCAGGAUUCUCUGGUACCAACAGCCACGGCACCUUGGAAGCUCCGGGUGGAGGAGACGGAAAGGACGUGGUGUUGGAGCGCCCCGAGAAGCUGAAGUGGAAUCGAACCUAUCAUCGGAUGUACCACGACUGGUCUCAAGGCCUCUGGUUUGCCACUGAGUGGCGUUCCGCCCCUCUUCCCGCAGGCAAGUCCGGAUCCGGCCCCUGCCUGGUGAUCGGAGGUGGUGCCUUUGGUGAUGAGUUGAAGAAGCUCAUGGAGACCAGCUCCGUGGCGGCCAAGGCAGAUGAGCUGCAGGCCAAGAUCCAAGGCAACGCCUGGAAGACCGUGGUCUUUGCCGAGACCCUGGUGGCAGAGGAUCCGACCGCAGAGGGCCCCGCAAUGGCGGCCUUGCUAAGUGCGGCCCAAGCGGCUGCGAUGUCUCCUUCGAUGCGCUUCGUCGUGCUCACUGCAGGGGCUCAGGAGGCGGAGGCUUCCGGUGACUUCAUGGGACGUGGCCUCCUGGGCGCGGCAGCCUGGGGCUUCAUGCGCUCCAUGCCGCUGGAAGCGCCAAAGCUCCAAGCCCAGGUCAUCGAUCUGCCGUGCUCUUACAGCAGCUCCCUGACUUCCUGGGUGCAAGUCAUUGCAGAUGAGCUCUCUUGUGAGGACUUGGAGCGUGAAGUCUCUUAUGGAGACGAUUCUGCAAGGCGCGCGCCACGUUUGGCGAAAUACACCAUGAAGCCGGGC